UUCGCAAUGUUGGCGCAAUAUCCAACGUUGGUUAUAAAUAACGAAAUGAUGUGCAACACGUCAAACAGUUUGUAUAUCGGCAGCAAGGCGUCAAGUACUUUUUCGUGCAAAGUGGAUUAUUUUUCGAAGUAAACACACAUACAUAUGUAUGUAAUAACGGCGAACUAACAACGCGCUCACUCACUUGGAUUAAACAGUUGCAGACGCGGCAAGCAUCACACGCAAGGAUAAUAUGGACCCGCAGCCAUCGAUUCAUCAACAUCGACAGCGCCGACUACGACCGCUGCUUUUGCUCUUUUUCCUUUGCUACUUCGCGAGCAGCCAAGCUAAAAGGACUACACGUCGCCUGCCGCGCGAUGAGGUACACGAAUAUGCGAUACAUCACUACAACUAUGCCGAACGUGACGUGGAGGAACCGAGCGGCAGCGUAGCAGAUUUGCAUGCGGAUGAAUCGAGACGCGUGGAAGUUCAGGUGCCUUCACCGAAUGGCAGCAAUAAUGGUGGCACAACACGGGACAAGCGUGGCACCAAGAAAAUUCGACACAUCGUGCAUUUGGUUAAAACGGCACAGCAGAAGCGAAAGAAGCCAUUAACAACACCACGAAAUAAUAACCAACAGUAUCGUCAGCAAAAUGCAGUUGAUGGUGAUACGAAACCACAUCACACUUACGAAGAGGUCCAUGAGCAUAUUAUGGAGCCAGCAGAAGCGGACGAGUCCGCGCAAAAGUCUACCUAUGUGCCUUCGUCAGCGCAUGCACAAACGUCCGGUUCUAAAACGAAAGUACAUACGCAAAAGGAACCGCUGUCAGAGGCAUCUUCGAAUAGCUAUGCCACGCAUGCUCUUCUCAAGCCACAUUCGGUGAAAAUGGCGCAGCAGAAGAAAAAAAUCCCACUGCCGACAACAAGAGCCAAUAACCGGCAUCAAAAUGCAUAUGAAGGUGAUACAAAACCAUACCACAACUACGAAGAGAUGCAUGAGCAUGUGAUGGAGGCAGCAGAAGAGCAGGAGUCUGCCCAAAAGCCUACAUAUGUGGCUUCGUCAGCGCAUGCACAUACUACGUUCGGUUCUAAAGCGAAAGCCCACGCACAAAAUGAACCGCUACCAGAGGCAACUUCGGAUAGUUAUGCUACGCAUGCUUUUCUCCAACCACCAGAGGAACCGCAAGAUGAACCACACAUGAGUAGCACGGAGCAUCAUGAACAUGAAAUUCACGAGGAAGAGGAGCAUCAUCAUGUUGAGAAAAUUAAGGUGAAGCAUCAUCAUCACCAUCAUCAUCAUAAUCAUGUUAAGGAAAUCAUUAAAAAAGUGCCCGAACCAUAUCCUGUCGAGAAGAUCGUACAUGUGCCUGUAGAGAAGAUAGUCGAAAAAUUGGUACAUGUACCCAAACCUUAUCCGGUAGAGAAAAUUGUUGAGAAAAAGGUACCAUAUCCGGUAGAAAAGAUUGUCGAAAAGGUUGUUGAAAAGAAGAUACCCUAUCCGGUAGAAAAAAUCGUCGAAAAGAUUGUGCAUGUACCGAUUGAAAAGAUUGUGCAUGUGCCAAAACCGUAUCCUGUCGAGAAAAUUGUCGAGAAAAAGGUACCGUAUCCAGUGGAAAAAAUAGUUGAAAAGAUUGUUGAGAAAAAGGUACCAUAUCCGGUUGAAAAAGUUGUCGAGAAAGUUGUACAUGUGCCGAAACCAUAUCCAGUCGAGAAAGUGGUUGAGAAAGUCGUAGAGAAAAAGAUUCAUGUACCUGUUGAAAAAAUUGUCGAGAAAGUUAUACAUAUACCCAAACCAUUUCCGGUAGAGAAAAUUGUUGAAAAGAUAGUGCAUAUACCAAAACCAUUCCCAGUGAUAAAGCACAUACCAUAUCCAGUCGAAGUGAAAGUACCCGUGCACAUCGAAAAGCCGGUGCCAUAUCCAGUGGAGAAGAAAGUACACGUACCUUAUAGAGUCGAGGUGGAAAAGAAGGUGCCGGUACCCUAUAAAGUGGAAGUGGAAAAGAAAGUGCCUGUUUUUAUACAUACGCCACAUGCGUCUCAUGAGCCCUACAAGUUCGAACACCACGAACACGAGCACAAAGACGAUGCACACGAGCAUCAUGAAGAGAAACACGAUUACGAAGAACACAAACAUUUUGAACAUCAUGACCUUUCCGGAUAUCCCACCAAUCAAAAUGCUAAUUACGCCAAGUUACAACAACAGCAACCUAGGCAUAUAACAAAUGGCGCUAAAGCUGUGUUAGCUAAAGCGCAUACACCCGCAGCGGCUGCAGCGAUACGCGCCGAACUGCUGCAUCAGCAAGUACAAAACUUUGGAUAUAAAAUUGCUACCAGCACUACGCCAACGGAUCUAAAUCAAUCCUCUAGCGAAAAUAAACCACAAAUGGUGCGUUUUGAGCCUACACCGGAAAAUAAAUUCGGUGUUAAACAAUCUACACCGGCAACGCCCUCAGAUCUCGAGCCAUUUGCCUCGGAAAACAAACCGGUUGUAGCACAUUUUGAGCCAACGGCAUUGCCGUUUCGAAUACACGUAGAUGAUGGAGCGACAGCGGGAGAUGGUGGUUCAUCAAUAGGUGAACCAUCAACCGCCAAUGACAUGCAAGCUCAGGCCAGCACUCAUAGCUUCCGUAUGCUAGCGCGUCUCCAACCGAUCACGAUGCCACUGCAGGUUUAUCAAUUGCAUUCUCUGCCUUUCCAACAACCACUCGGCUUCUCAUUGCCUGCCAUACGAGCGGUAGUGCCGAGUAGCACAUCCUGAAUAUGACAGAAAUUAAAUGAAAAACGUGGUUCGUAAGACUGAGCAGACUUAACGCACAAACUAGAUUUAAGCUAUGAUUUAUAACAUAAUUUUCUAUAUAAUUUACUUUUAUAAGAUAAAAUCUUUAUAUGCAUUUGA